AUGGACAAAGCCCUCGGUAAUGCAACUCGCCUCUCGCUAGAGAGCACCGUUCGUCUACGCUCUGGCGCAGCCAUGCCCGUGCUCGGAUUUGGCGUAUACCAGGCACGUGGCGACGAUUGCAAGAACGCCGUCAAGACCGCUCUCCAGGCCGGAUAUCGCCACAUCGACAGCGCGCAGGCUUAUCACAAUGAGACAUUGGUUGGCGCGGGCAUCGCCGACUCGGGCGUACCACGUUCCCAGGUCUUUAUCACGACCAAGUUCAUGCCGGGGCACAGCGUGCCCACAGAGGACGAGGUGUACGACCAUCUAGUCAAGUCUACGCGUCGCUUCACUCCCAGCACACCCAAGCCGCCCGACGGGUACCUUGACCUACUGCUCAUCCAUGCGCCGCGUCCCAACGAAGAGGCCCGGGCCGUGCACUGGAAGGCCUUGGCACGAGCUCAGAAGGAGGGAUGGGCACGCGACAUCGGCGUGUCCAACUUCGGCGUCAAGCAUCUCCGUGCGCUCCCCGAGCCGCUUCCCGCCAUCAACCAGAUCGAGCUGCACCCGUGGUGCCAGCAACGCGACAUUGUCAAGUACUGCCAGGACAAGGGGAUUGUUGUGCAGGCUUAUUGUCCCAUUGUGCGCGCCGAUCCGAAUCGCCUUGGUGAUCCCACCGUGGUGAAAAUCGCUGAGAAACACGGCAAGGAGGUGCCACAGGUGCUCAUCCGCUGGAGUCUGCAGAAGGGAUACGUUCCACUGCCCAAGAGUGUGACGCCGUCGCGCAUCAAGUCGAACAUGGAUGUGUUCGACUUUGAGCUUGAUGCAGAGGACAUGGCGGCGCUGGACAGCCUCGACGAGGGCGCCAAGGGCGCAUGCUCGUGGAACCCGGUCGACACGCCUUGA